AGCACUUCAACCCAGAGCACAUAGUCUUUUCAGUAUUUUUUUGACUGGAGUAGAAAGUCUGAAAGAAGUGCAGUAGUGUAGGCACGAGAGGAGCUGAAUCCUUUGCCCUCUGUGUGUUACCAUGGCAAACGUGACCAGAACGGUGUGACAUUUUCAUGUACGGUGCAUUGCAUGGCUUUUGACGUGUGCCACAUUUGUAUUUCAGGCAAAGGAGUGCUUCCAGAUGUGAGAACGGAGGAAGAAAAGCUGGAAUGGAGCUUGAUCAUUUCUGAAAGCAAAUAUAAUCUCUUUCUCUUCCCCCCUCUCUCCUUCUCCCUCCCUCCUUUCCUUGCUCUCUCUCUCUCUCUCUCUCUUUUUCAGUCUCUCUCUCUCUCUCUCUCUCUCUCUCUCUCUCUCUCAGUCCCAGCCCCUGAAAGUGUCAUAACCAUGCUCUCUCUCCCUCUCUCUCUAUCACCGCCUUUCAGAUCUUUAAAAGCUGCUGCUCUGUGCAUUUCUCAGGAUCGUGUCCUCUGGCACUCAGGCUGAACGGAGCACCGAGCGAAAAGAAAAAGAGAGCGAGAGAAGCAGAUCUCCAGAAAUAGCAUCGGCCAAGGAGCACGUAUACGAACGGGCUAAGGAGCACGGAGUCCCACAGCGCAAACAUGCCUUUGCUCUUGAACUUGACGGCAGUUGUCCUGUUGCUCAUCGCUCACUGUGGAUCCUGGACUCUGGCCAGUCGCUUGGGUCCUCAUAAGAUCUGCCCGUCCUGCAAAGACUCCCGAGCUUCUCGGGACCCCGUCGGUGCGGCCAACACAGCUGUGCUGGCUUUAGGGGAGCCGUGCGGGGUUUACACGCUGAGCUGUGCCAAGGGCCUGCGCUGCAUGCCUCCUCCACGCGACCACAGCCCGCUCCAGGCUCUGCUGCAGGGCCGAGGCAUAUGCACCAAGCAGAUCAAGACGAGUCCCACCGAAAAACCCCACCCUGCAGGUCCACAUCCUUCCCACAGCGGUGAAAUUGAAAAGGCUCCGUGCCGGAAGUUGCUCAACGCCGUGCUGCGUGGCCUCGAACUCACCGUUUUCCAGUCCGAUCGUGACAUCUACAUCCCCAACUGCGACACGCGUGGCUUCUACAGGAAAAAGCAGUGUCGGUCCUCUAAAGGCAUGCAGCGCGGACACUGCUGGUGCGUGGACGAAUUAGGCAUCACCCUACCGUCCCAUGCCAGCGAAGAUGGCACUUUACCGUGCGACGGAGAGUGAGACGGGGCACACGGUGCCACAAUUCUGAGCCAGGAGGAAGACGAGGAAGAGGAGGGGAGGGGCAUAUGGGAGACGGGAGGACGAGCCGCUCGUGCUAGACACUGCCUGGCCAUGAGACCCCAGGGGAAAACCACUCAACACGGGAAACACACGCUCCUCGCUCAAACACUCCAUCCAACGCAUCAACUGAAGGUUCACGUCACUGCCAUACGCCUCUACAGGUCCUGCAGCGUGUAAGCACAGAGCCAACGAGACACUCCAUCACUCCACCCGUGGUAGAUCACUUCGAAACGAGACUCUACACCCUGGCCACUUAGUAGCGUCCAUUUUUCUGUGAUAGCCAUCACUGCCUUUGUCUUGUGUAUCUCUGAGUAGGCCGUAAAUACUGUUAAAGCGGGCGUAAGUGCCGUUUUUCUCUCCGCCUCCCCUGCCAUCCCCUCUCCCUCUCUCCAAAGAUACACUGACUAAAUUAAUAUGUAUGAAAGCAAAAUUAUGCCUUUGCAUUUAAUUUAUUCCAGAGUAUUAUUGUAUUUCUUUGGAGAUGUUCAUGUAUUUCAUGUAACCAAGACAUCAACACUACCGUACGUGCACAUGAUUUGGGAAAACAUUCGAUCCUUUCUGUUGUGACAGCCUGAGCGUUAAUACACAAGUCGUUUGUACAUAAAUCCUUUUUUUUUUGUGGUUGCCAUUGGGUGAUAGGUUCUUGAAAGCUGAUGGCUAUUACUCUAUCUGAAAAGGCAUAUUUUUAUAUACUUCAAUAUAAUAUUUUAUAUAUAGAUUGAUGCUUUAUUUAAGGAACUACAAUACCAUGUAUUUUUAUAUUGUCAACAUUGUUUUUUUUUUCUUGUUUUGUUUUUUUCAUUGUCAAGUUUGAUUUCAUGCUGAAAGUAAACACCGGGCUUUGAUGGCACAUUUUAGGAAUAAAAAAAAAAAAUUUAAUAAGACACCCUUCAAAUAUAUUGUACUACUAUAUAAUAUAAUAUAAUAUAAUAUAAUAUAAUUGGUAUACAUUAUGAUUGUCCAAAAAAAAAAAUCGGGUAUCUAUUU